AUGGAGUCGCUCUCGGAGACGCCAUGGGAUGUCGUCAUUGCAGGUACGGGGCUGGCUCAAUCUCUUCUAGCUUUAGCCCUCUCACGGUCGGGGAAAAAAGUCCUUCAUGUGGAUCGGAACCCAUACUAUGGUGGAUCAGAGGCAGCAUUCAGUCUGGACGAGGCUUCAGAGUGGAUGGACAGUGUGAAUCAACAUCCUGGAAAAUCUUCUUUUGAAGAUGCCAAGAUUGUCAACUACCCACAUCUUCAAGACCCUCCACGGUCUCCUCCUUCCCAGACCGGCUCCCAGACCAGCGAGCUCCCACAAAGCACACUGGCCAUCCGUCCGAAGCUGGCUGCCAGCCGUGCUUAUACCCUCUCUCUUUCACCCUAUUUCCUCUACACUCGCUCAGAACUAAUUUCUAUCCUGCUCUCCUCGAAAAUAUACCGCCAAUUGGAGUUCAUGGCCGUGGGGAGCUGGUGGAUUUACUCUUCGGACACGGAAAGUGGUGAGCUCGGUGCGACACAGGCUUUCCAUCGUGUACCUGGUAAUCGGGAGGAUAUUUUUGCGGAUACUCAUAUCAGCAUGAAGUCAAAAAGAGUGCUGAUGCGGUUUCUGCGCCAAAUUAGCAAGUCCAAGGACGAGGAAGAUGGGCUUGAGAGAGAUGAUGACCUUCAGGUGCCUUUCGCGGAUUACUUAUCUUCCAAUUUCAGUGUUCCUGAGGACCUUCACUAUCCUCUGCUUUCACUUUCACUCUCCCAGAUGUCUCAUCAGAACACCGCUGCGAGUUAUGCUUUAUCUCGAAUUAAGAGGCAUUUGGCAUCCAUUGGUGCCCUGGGUCCGGGCUUUGGAGGCGUGGUCUCCAAGUACGGCGGAGCAUCUGAGAUUGUCCAAGUUGCUUGCCGCGCUUCCGCUGUAGGAGGGGGGAUUUACGCACUGGAUACAGGCAUACAGUCUCUUCACAAUCCCGAGUCUGUGGCAGAGGCAGAGCACUCGGUAACGGUACAACUUUCAAAUGGUGAGUCUGUUCGGACCAAAUUCGUCGUCGGUUCCUUCUGGGAUCUUCCUCUUCAGACGCAACCGUCGUGUACGAAAGUAGCACGCUCGAUCACCAUUGCCUCAUCGGACUUCGCGUCUCUUUUCCCCGUGACAGUGGAAGGGGCUCCUGUACCUGCCAGUGCCAUCCUUAUGUUCUCUGGCGACUCACUCAAUAGCCCUCAAUCCCCGCCGGUGUAUCUCCAGGUUCACUCGAGUGACACCGGCGAUUGCCCACGACAGCAGAGUGUCAUAUAUGGCAGUAUUGCUCUCCCUGGUCGUGAUGGCCACCAUCUCCUCGAAUGCGCCGUGGGCCGCCUCCUUCGGGCAGAAGGUCCCCAAGCCAUAGCCCUCUGGUCCAUGCGGUACAGCCAGCUUGGUCGUCUCAGUAAUGACGGGUCGCUACCGUCUAUUCAAACGUGUUCGCCUCACGUGCUUGCUUUCCCACCGCCUAGUCUUGAUCUGGCGCUUGAGGAUGACAAUAUCGACAUUGUCAAACAGGCGUGGGUGAAGAUCGUAGGAGAUGAGGUCGCCCAUGAAGAUUUCAUGAUUUUUGACGAUCGUGAAGGCACCUCUGAUGAUUGA